CUGACCAAGAGGCCGCUUUGGCUGGCAGCUGGCGGAGCUGCUGUUCUGUUUGCAGUGCUGGUCCUCCCGCCCAGCAGCAUCCCGGCGGCGGCUGCUGGUGUCGCCUGGCUCUGGGUUGACGCGCGUGUCCUGCGGGCCACCACCGGGGCGUGCACGGGUGCCCGGAGCAUGAGCUGCGUCCUGGCGCGCAGGGAGGACCACGGGAGGCCAGCGCCUUGGGACACAGCACUGCUCACAGGGUUCUGCAUUCCAAACAAUUCUGGAAAGACUGCCCAGGACUGGAUGAAUAAUUAAGAACAGAGUGUACUGAACACCAACACAAAGUGGAAGAGCCUUGAGCUGAAGGUACAGUAUACUGUUUACACUGAAGGAGCUCGUGUGUGGACAAGGAAGCGCUGACGGCUCAAAUGGAUCCUGUGGAACUGGCAAAUGUCAACAUGGGACCCGAUGAUGAGAGCAGCAGUGGAGAAAGCGCUCAGGACAGCUACUCCGGGAUGGAAAACUUAGAAAAGGCAGCAAUGAGCAGUCAAUUUACUAAUGAAGAUGAUGAAAGUCAGAAAUUCCUGACAAAUGGAUUUUUGGGGAAAAAGAAGCUGGCAGAUUAUGAUGAUGAACAUCAUCCUGGAAACACCUCGUUUGGAAUGUCUUCAUUUAACCUGAGUAAUGCCAUCAUGGGCAGUGGAAUCUUGGGCCUGUCCUAUGCCAUGGCCAACACAGGGAUCAUACUGUUUGUAAUCAUGCUGCUUACUGUGGCAAUAUUAUCACUCUAUUCAGUUCACCUUUUAUUAAAGACUUCAAAGGAAGGAGGGUCUUUGAUUUAUGAAAAAUUGGGGGAAAAGGCAUUUGGAUGGCCUGGGAAAAUCGCAGCUUUUAUUUCCAUUACAAUGCAGAACAUUGGAGCAAUGUCAAGCUACCUCUUUAUCAUUAAAUACGAACUACCUGAAGUAAUCAAAGCAUUCAUGGGACUUGAAGAAAAUACUGGAGAAUGGUACCUCAAUGGCAACUACCUCGUCAUAUUUGUGUCUGUUGGAAUCAUUCUCCCACUUUCUCUACUUAAAAAUUUAGGUUACCUUGGUUAUACCAGUGGAUUUUCUCUUACCUGCAUGGUGUUUUUUGUCAGUGUGGUGAUUUAUAAGAAAUUCCAAAUACCCUGCCCUCUGCCCAAUCUGGAUCACAAUGUUGGAAAUCUGACAUUCAACAAUACAUUUCCAAUGCACGUGGUAAUGUUACCCAACAACUCUGAGAGCAGUGGUGUGAACUUCAUGAUGGAUUACGCCCACCAGAAUCCUGCAGGGCUUGACGACAACCCGGCCAAGGACUCUCUUCAUGGCAGCGGAGUAGAGUAUGAAGCACACAGUGAUGACAAGUGUCAACCCAAAUACUUUGUAUUCAACUCCCGGACGGCCUAUGCAAUUCCUAUCCUAGCAUUUGCUUUUGUUUGCCACCCUGAGGUCCUUCCCAUCUACAGUGAACUUAAAGAUCGGUCCCGGAGGAAGAUGCAGUCAGUGUCAAAUAUUUCCAUCACGGGGAUGCUCAUCAUGUACCUGCUUGCUGCCCUCUUUGGUUACCUAACAUUUUAUGGAGAAGUUGAAGAUGAAUUGCUUCAUGCUUACAUCAAAGUGUACACAUUUGACACCCCUCUCCUCAUGGUACGCCUGGCGGUCCUUGUGGCAGUAACACUAACAGUGCCCAUCGUCCUGUUCCCAAUUCGUACAUCAGUGACAACACUGUUAUUUCCCAAAAGGCCCUUCAGCUGGAUAAGACAUAUCCUGAUUGCAGCCAUGCUUAUUGCACUUAACAAUCUUUUGGUCAUCCUUGUGCCAAAUAUAAAAUACAUCUUUGGAUUCAUAGGGGCUUCUUCUGCCACUAUGCUGAUCUUCAUUCUCCCAGCAGCUUUUUAUCUUAAACUUGUCAAGAAAGAACCUCUUCGGUCACCCCAAAAGGUUGGGGCUUUAAUUUUCCUCGUGGUUGGCAUCAUCUUCAUGAGUGGAAGCAUGGCGCUCAUUAUCACGGACUGGAUUUACAAUCCCCCGAAUUCCAAGCAUCACUAACCCAAAGAAAAAUACUUUCUUUUUCCACUGGAAGUGGUUACAAAUUAAGCUCCAAAGGACAUGUGAGCUAUUUUACCCCGAUGAUUGGAAUGUUAUUCAUAGGAAGUAACAAGAAGAUUCCAAAGAUAUUCACCAGUAACAUCACCAGGCACCUUCAGAAGAGAAAAUCAUCAUUUUUGUCAAGAGUAGCUGUUUAUGUGUUUAAAAUCUGUGGUGCACAUUUCUAUGCAGGUUUUGCCAGAGGAGUAUAAGAUGAUGUAUUUUUGCUGUUGUACAAACAGAAUAAGGGUAGCUGAGUGUAAUGGUCAUCAGAGAGUCCCCUCCCCCUUUCCAUAGUACCAAAUACUUGUAUUCUCAGAAUAUCAAAUGAAAUGCCCUGGUGGCAAAGCUAUCACCACUUAAUGCCUUCCCCUAAUCUUGCACUAAACACUUUGGAUCUAUUUAAUAACAGAGGCAAAAGGCAUGUCUUACAAACUUGUCCCUGUAAGAUAUAUGAAUGAUCAGACACCAGGCUAGAAGAUCUUAUUGUCAACAGUAAAAGAAUAUUUUGCCCAUCCUAUUUGUGACAUUGAAUUAAUGACUUCUUCAUUUAGACUUUUUUUUUAAACAUUAAGAGAGGGGUCUUAUUUAAAUUAUAGAGCAACAACAAAAAUAAUGCUUAUAGCUAAACUGCCUGUUCUGGAAGCAUUUGCUUUUUCAUAUUAGUCUUAGUCCUCUUAUCAUACUUUUAUUAUUGAACAAUGCUCUCCCUCUCGUCUUCCAUUCUCAUUCAGAAUUUUUAGAAGACCACAAUUCAUGUGGAGGUACACUACCCAGUAUUGUUUGAUACAUUUUUAUUUGAUAAACAUUCAGUGCAGGAAACUGUGAUUGCUAUAUGUUUGUGUAUAUAAUCUUAUUCUGUAGUCACCAGAAUUUUAAUGUCUGGUACAUCUGAUUUUUAUUUUUUACAUGUGUAGUUUGUCUCUCAUUACAGUCAAAACAUUUAUAUUAUUUGGGGUGAGGGCAGGGAAUUAAGUUGAUGGGCUCAAAAAUCCUUUUGUAUGUAUCUGUCUAUUGGGGAUAUUUUAAAUUUGAAACCUAAGUUAUACAUAGCUCAGUAAUGUUCUUUUUCAAUGUUUACAGUAAUAUCAUAAUCACCUACAAGAAAAUAAGUUCUUAUUUGCAAAUAAUUAUUAAUAAUACUGUUCAUUUAAUUUAGCAUAACUACAAUAGCGUUUAGUUCAUUAUAUCUUAGACAGGUGUUUGCUGACAUUUAUUUGCCAUUUACUACAAUGUUGAGUAGUUCUCCAUAAAAAUAAAUGCUAACACUACAAGGAGAAGCAAACUAUUAUUUUUGCUCACUUCUACAACAUACAUGAAAUGGAUUUAAAAAAUAGUACUUACCGCCUGGAAUUUCUGGAGUUUGCUACUUUUUUUUCAAAUCAGUAGCAAGAACAUUUGUUCUAUAUUUUAUAUUUUAGUAAAGCCAAGUAUGAAAUACAAGUAUCAUAUAAGUAUGAUAAUAUUAAAUCAUAUUCUAAUAGUUUUUCUGGAAUGUGCUAUAAGAAAAUAUAUUUGUUUUAUAUAUUAUUUUCUAGAGGCACAAUACUGUAAAAUGGUGCACUUUUUUAUGGAAAUUGAACAUUACUAGAAACUAUCAUAACUUUUAAGUUACUAUUAUUGGAAAAAAUUUUCCAAACAGCAUCUUUAAGAUGUAUUUUCAUUCAUCUAAAGAGAUAGCAGGUGGAAAAGUUGCUUUCUGAGUGUUAAAAAAAGUUUAAUCUGAAUGUUUUUAAAUGUAAAUAUCAAUAAUUAACAAAAAAGUGGAAAACUGUAAAAUCUGUAUAUAUUUUGAAUGUUUUACAUUUGAAAUGACUAACUUAAAAAUGUCAACAUAUGUAAUUAUAUAAAUACUCAAGAGCAAUACUACAAUGCCCCAUAAUGAAGCACCAUUUCUUUCUCAUGGCCAUUUCGGGAUGAAUUCAGACUGCAGGGCAGACAUACAUAUGGUUAAUUUAACCCCAUUUGUAAACAGAUAAAAAUUUUAUUUUCUUAUUUCAUUUAUAAGAUGGUUCAAUGCAUUGGGAGGCUUUUUUAUUACAGAAAGUGUAUAUUGGUAUAUAAUAAAUGAACUUUUCAAAAUGA